UUUGUCCCAAUAAACAAGUUCAAUAUCUUUGGCACUCUCUAUAAGCUUUUGUGAGUCUGGUGGUAACAUCAUAGUUAAUAAUACUUUCGGUGCCAUUGAUGAAUAAAGAUUACCGGUACUCAAUCUAAAUAUAUUAAAUAAUUUCGACCUUCCAAAAUUCCUUAGCAAUAUCUAUGAUCAACACGUGCAUUUUAUCAUUAAAGUAGAUGACAGACAUUACACAACUUGAUAAAUGCUAAAUUUAGAGGGUUUUUUUUUAAGUUUUCCUUUAACCAAACGACAAAAUGAGUAACGAACCGAAUGGCAAUCAAAAUACUUCCGUUUUAGAAGAGAAUAAAAUCAAAGCCGAGGAAAUUAAAGAAGCUGCUAAUAAACUGUUUCUGGCCAAGAAGUAUGAAGCUGCGAUUGAAAAAUAUUCAGAAGCAAUUAACCUGAAUCCAAACGUUGCAGCAUACUAUGCCAAUCGAUCUUUUGCCUAUUUCAAAACUGAAGCAUUUGGAUACGCUAUUACAGACGCGGAUAAGGCAAUUAAACUUGAUCCAUCAUAUACUAAGGGAUAUUAUCGAAGAGCGGCAGCAAAUAUGAAUUUAUGUAAAUUUAAAGACGCGCUUCGGGAUUUUCGAAUUGUUAUGAAAAGAUCCCCCGACGAUAAAGAUGCCAAGGCAAAGUUUACAGAAUGCGAGAAAAUCGUAAAAAGGAUGGCAUUCGAAAAAGCAAUUGAGGUAGAUUCCCCAAAGAAUCUUGCAGAGACGUUCGACGUAAACACGAUCGUGGUGGAACCUUCGUACGAUGGACCAAAGCUCGAAGAUGGAAAAAUCACGAAAGAAUUCAUUGAAGAAAUGAUGGAGCGUUUCAAAAAUCAAAAGAGAAUUCAUAAGAAGCAUGCAUUUCAAAUUAUUUUAGCAGUCAGAAAAAUUAUGUUAGAAACACCGUCAUUGGUUGAUAUAACCAUACCUCAAGAUUCAAAUUUGACUGUAUGCGGUGAUGUUCAUGGUCAAUAUUAUGAUUUUAUUAACAUUUUCAAAAUUAACGGUGUACCAUCUGAAACAAAUAUGUAUCUUUUUAAUGGAGAUUUCGUUGAUCGUGGUUCAUUUAGUCUUGAGGUCAUAUUGACCUUGUUCGCCUACAAAUGGCUUUACCCAAAGUCACUUUAUCUGACUAGAGGAAAUCAUGAGACAGAUGAUAUGAAUAAAGUUUAUGGUUUUGAAGGAGAAGUUAAAGCUAAAUUCUCGGAAGAAAUGUUUGAGUUGUUUUCCGAAACGUUUAGUACUUUGCCCUUAGCCCAUCUUAUUAACCAAAAAAUUUUGGUAGUUCAUGGUGGAUUAUUUAGUCGUGAUGAUGUAACAUUAGAUGAUAUAAGAAAUAUUGACCGAUUUGGCAAGAAACAAUUAGAUCAUGGAAGUUUGAUGUGUGAAUUGCUUUGGUCUGACCCACAACCUCAACCUGGACGAGGCCCAAGCAAGAGAGGUGUUGGAAUACAGUUUGGACCUGACGUUACCGAAAACUUUUUGAAGCGUAAUAAUCUCGAACUCUUAAUAAGAAGUCAUGAAGUUAAAGAAAAUGGCUAUGUGAUUGAACAUAAUGGAAAAUGUAUUACUGUUUUUUCGGCCCCAAAUUAUUGUGACACAAUCGGGAAUAAAGGCGCGAUAAUUAAUAUUACUUCUGAUUUGAAGUUGGAUUAUAAAACCUUUGAGGCUGUGCCUCAUCCUAAUAUUCGUCCUAUGGCUUAUGCAAGUCAAUUUGGAGGAUUGUUUACGUAAUAAAUACUCGAUAUAAGUUAGUAAAUGUAAUUAAAUUUGCUAUCUUAUACGUUUCAAAACAUUGCAUAAUAUUAGAUUAUUAUGCAUUUUACAGAUAAUUUAUUUAA